UAUUAUUUUUCUUCAACACAACAACGUUAGGUCCAGAAAUCUUCUUUUGUGUAAUUCUUGCCCUCCAAAUUUCAGUGCAUUUCGUUAUUUAUUAAACCGUAAAUAUUUCCUAAAUUAUCAUGGUUUUAACAAAAGAAUAUCGCAUUUGUAUGCCAUUGUCUUGCGAAGAGUAUCAAGUUGGUCAAUUGUAUAUGAUUGCCCGCCAUAGUUUGGAACAGUCUGGAGAUGGUGAGGGAGUAGAAAUUGUUACCAACGAACCGUGUGAAGAUCCAGAACAUGGUAAAGGACAGUUUACCGAAAAGCGUAUACAUUUGUCAAGCCGCUUGCCAUAUUGGAUACAAGCCAUAUGUCCACGUGUAUUUUACGUCACCGAAAAAUCAUGGAAUUUCUUUCCCUUUACAAAAACAGAAUACACAUGUUCCUUUGUACCCAAAUUAAAUGUAUCUAUACAAACGAAAUAUGAGGAUAAUAAUGGAAAUUCAGAAAAUUGUUUAAAUUUAACUGAGGAACAGUUAAAACAGCGUAUUGUUGAUACUGUAGACAUAGCGUUUGAUGAAUUGCCCAAUAAUAAACACUAUAAAAAGGAAGAGGAUCCCAAAUUUUUUAAGUCCGAAAAAACCAAUCGCGGUCUUUUGGUGGAGGGUUGGCGUGAUUGUGACAAACCCAUUAUGUGUUCCUAUAAAUUAGUGGAUGCUUCCUUUGAAGUCUGGGGCCUGCAAACAAAAGUGGAGGACUUUAUACAACGCUCCAUUAGAGAUGUUUUAUUAUUGGGCCAUCGGCAGGCUUUUGCCUGGAUCGAUGAGUGGUAUGGCAUGACUUUGGAAGAUGUGCGUGAAUAUGAACGCAAAAUCCAAGAAGAAACUAAUAGAAAACUAAAUCAAGCCAAUGGCAAUGACACAGAAGAUAACAAAGUAGCAGAAGAAAAUCAACAAAAUGAAGAAGAAAGUGUAGAAGAGAAAAAAGACAAACUAAAUGAUAUUGAUAAUAUAGAUUAGAUAGUUGUGAGUUAAGAAAACUGCAAAAAAAAGAAAAUUAUAUAUAUAAAUGCCCAAAGAUAGCUUGCUAAAUUGUGCUACAAAACACCUUAACAAUUAAAACGAACCUCUACAGAGUCCAUGAUAGACAUACUCAGGUAUUCCUUAAGAAUAACAAUAAUGAAAUUAUUUAAAGCAGCUUUGUUUAUUGUGCGUAGGAUUUUUUUUUAUUAAAUAGAGCACAAAGUAUAUACGUAAUUGUUUGGUAAACAAAUUAAACUGCCUUAUUGUCAUUAUAAUGAUUUGGUGGUUUAGUUGUUCCUUUAUUCUCUAAAAGUUUCCUAUUUUAUUGUUUAGUUUUAUUGAUUUUUUUUAUUAUUAAAUUAAAUUAUAGUAGUUUAUUUAAAAGGUAUUUGUAAAAAUUAUAUAUAUAUAUCUAUAUACAUACAUUUAAUGUACAAAAGCCACAAAUUUACUUAAAAUAAAAGAAAUAUUUAUGAAUAUUUAAAAGAAAAAUAAUACUUAAAAACAAA